UUCAGAAUUGAUUUAUGAAGAAAAACCCAGAAUUCCCAAGGUUUUGAGUUGUGAGUUGUUUUGAUUUUGGUUGCGAUCAAAACUUGUUGAACUUUGGCCUAUUGAUCGAGCAACCCCACUCGAUCACUCAAAGGUAACCUUAUAGCGACUGUGCAUCCUCCCAGAUGUGAGGAUUCCCUCUCGUUUCCAUCCAAAUUCGUCACAAAACAAGCUUCUCAAGCUUGUUUGGUUUCCCUGUUUGUUCAUCGUGAGGCAAAGGGCUCAACUCUUUGGGUUUGAUUGCGCUACUCUGAUUAAACACCUGCUUUGGGUGUUAUCAAAAAGGCCAGGCCGUAGCGUAGGAGGACUAGCACGACUAGUAGUAGAUAUAGAUAGAUAGAGUCCUAACCGCUAGGGUUUCGUCUGGUAUUCGCCGUGGCCGCUAUAUCCCUCAGCACCUUUUAUUUCUCUGGAUUUAGCUGUUUCUGGUUUUGGUUCUGGGGCGACGCACCAAUUAGGGUUCCGGGGGCGCGUGAUCGCGGGAUUUCAAUGUCUACGGAAAGGAAGAGGAACGCGAGAUUGUUUGAUGUGGACCGGUCAUCGGUCUCUUCUGAGGGGUAUUCGCUGGAUGGAAAGCUGGAUUCGCAGAGGCAUUCGGACAUACUCCAGAAGAGGGAAACUCUUCCAGUUAGGAAGCAGAAGAAUGAGUUUUUGGAUGUCUUGAAGAAGAACCAGGUUAUCAUCCUUGUGGGCCAGACUGGAAGUGGCAAAACUACCCAGAUUCCGCAGUUUGUUUUGGAAGCUGUUGAGGUGGAAACUUCGGUUAAGAGGCCCAAGAUGAUGGUUGCUUGCACUCAGCCUUGUCCAGUGGCUGCAGUGUCUGCUUCGCGACGUGUUGCUGAAGAGAUGAAUGUCAUCAUUGGUGAAGAAGUUGGUUAUAGCAUCUGUUUCGAAGACAAUAUCAGUGAUAAGACAGUUUUGAAGUAUUUAACGGAUGGUAUGCUCUUAAGAGAAGCCAUGGCCAAACCACUAUUAGAAAUGUACAGAGUAAUAAUCAUUGAUGAAGCUCAUGAGAGAACUUUAGCAACAAGCGUGCUCUUUGGAUAUCUCAAACUAGUGUUGGGAAUGCGUCCAGAUCUUAAAUUGGUGGUCAUGAGUGCUACUGUAGAAGCUAAGUUACAAGACUAUUUUGAUGGGGCACCUCUAAUGAAAAUUUAUUGUGUGCACCACCCUGUGGAUAUAUUCUACACAAUCAAGCCUGAAAGUGACUUCCUUGGAGCUACAAUUCGAUCUGUUGUCGAAAUACACCAACGGGAAGAGCCUGGAGAUAUACUAGCGUUUUUAACACGUCAGGAAGAGAUAGAAGAGGCUUGCCACAGAAUUUCUGAAGAGAUAGGUAAAUUAGGAAACAAGGUGGGACCUGUGGAAAUCGUGUAUUUGCACUCAACUCUUCCUCCAGACAUGCAGCAGAAGAUAUUUGAGCCUGCUCCACCUCCUUUAGUUGAGGAUGGUCCACCUGGGAGGAAAAUCGUGCUCUCAACAAUCACUGCUGAAACAUCUCUUAGUAUAGACAGGAUUGCUUAUGUGAUUGAUCCCGGUGUUGUCGAACAAAAUUUUUAUGACUCACGGGUUGGAGUCAACUUCCUUAUGGUUUCUCCAGUUUCCAGGGAUAGGGCUGAUAUGAGAGCCUCUCUUGCUGGUAGGACAGUGCCAGGGAAAUGCUUUAGGCUUUAUACUGAGAGGAGUUACAAUCAGGAUCGUCACGGGCAGACUGAUCCCGAGAUAUUGAGGUCGAAUUUAAGGAGUAUUGUCCUGAUAUUGAAGAAGCUGGAAGUUCCUGAUCUACGUCAUUUCAUGAACCUACCUGCAGAAGAGGCGUUGACGAGGGCUUUGAAAGAGUUGUCAGAUUUGGGAGCAUUAGAUGAUAAGGGGAACUUGACGGAGCUGGGGAAUAUGAUGAGUAAAUUUCCGCUUGAUCCUCAGAUGGCGAAGAUGCUGGUUGUUAGUCCAGGCUUUAAUUGCUCGAAUGAGAUCCUCUCUAUUUGUGCUAUGCUAUCAGUACCCAAUUGCUUUCGAGAAGGCUUUGAUAAAGUCAAAGCUAGGUUCGUUGACACUGAUGGUGAUCACCUGACUCUGUUGAACGUCUACAAUGAGUUCAAGUGCAACAAAGAGGAUUUAUCUUGGUGUGAUACAAAUUUCAUCAACUAUAGUGUGCUUAAAUCUGCACAAAAUGUGAGGCAGCAUCUUGUGCAGUGCAUGUCAAGGUGUGAAAUCGAGAUGUGCCGCACCUAUUUAUACGGCCCGGAUUACUACGACAACAUAAGGAAGGCAAUACUAGCAGGGUAUUUUAUGCAAGUUGCUCAUCUGGAGCGCACUGGAGACUACUUGACUGUCAAGGGUAACCAAUACGUGUACUUACAUCCAUCAAAUUUUCUGGGUUGGAAGCCACAAUGGGUGGUGUACAAUGAAAUUGUGUCGACUAGCAUGCACUUCAUUCGUACAGCGAUGCAUGUUCGUGGUGAAUGGCUGGUAGACAUAGCUCCUCCUCGUUACUAUUUGAAGAACUUCCCCAACUCUGAAGCAAAGCAGAUUCUCGAGCUUUUGGAGAAGUGGAAGGAGCAAAGGAAGUGGAAGAGGGAGGAGAGCAAGAACAAAAGAUAUGUUCCCAGGAAGCGGGGGGAGGAAGUAGGCUCCCGAGAAGUGCACAGGAAGCAGGAGAGGGAGGAGAGCAGGAACAAAAGAUAUGUUCUCUCCUCGAACUGUGCUUGGAAGCGGGAGGAGGAAGUAGGCUCCCGAGAAGUGCACAGGAAGCGGGAGAGGGGGGACAGAGAGAGGCAGUGGGAGGAGCGCAAGCGCAAGUGCGCAACAAGAAAACAGUAAGACUUGUUAAUUGUUAUUCAAAGCCGGGAGAGGGAGGAGAGCAGGAACAAAGACCCAAAAUUAACCCUACAACUAACUCGUCUUUUGUGGAUAUGAUAUUUAUGUGUUAUUCAUGUGGUAAUUGACAUCAAAUGACUUGUUUGUAUGAGGAGUUAUUUGCAAUGUGGUAUUUUAUAAUUAAUGAGUUGAAAUAUC